AUGCAGGCACCAGAACAAAAUAAAACCUCUGCUAGUCCCAUGGGAGGUUUCCUCAAAAACGCCCCGCUCACUAAAAUGUUUAGAAAAUCAGAUCCUAAGGUUACACCAGAGGGAUCAUUGCCGUCCUCGCACAAUGAGGAACAGGACCAAAAAGCAGAAAAGAAGCCCGAUGAAUCUUCACUGGACGGUGGCGCUGACCUGAAAACACCCGAACAGAAUAAGACCCCCGUUAAUUCCAGUGGAGACCCCUCUCAUGAGACCACGGCGCCUAGUGAACAGUCUGGAUCAGCAGAUCCUAAGGUUCCAUCAGAAGGAUCGUUGCCCCCAUCCCCACAAAAUGAGGAACAGGGCGAAAAAGAGGGAAAGGAGCCAAAACAAACUACAGUGAAUGGUGAAACCAAUAAGCAAACACCAGAACAAAAUAAAUCAUUGCGCAGUUCUAGUGGAGGUUUCUUUAAAAACACGGCUUUAGGUAAAAUGUUCAGAAAAUCGGACGCCAAGGUUCCAUCAGAAGGAUCGUUGCCACCGUCCUCACAAGAUAAGGCACCAAGUGAAAAUAAGGAAAAGCAGCCUACAGAAACUACAGUGAAGAGUGGAACGGAUAAGCAAACACCAGAACAGAAUAAAGGCCCCGCUAGUCCCACAGGAGAUCCUUCCAAGGAAACAGCGCCCGUUGAGAAGUCAGAGAAAUCAGAAGUACCUGGCGAACUGGAAGCACCUGGGAGCUCAGGACCACAAGAGGCACUACAGGAAGCAGUAAAAGAGGAAGUAAAGAAGGAAGUAAAAGAGGAAGUAAAAGAAGAAGUAAAGGAGGAAGUAAAAGAGGAAGUGAAAGAGCCAGGAAAAAAAGAAACGGCAAUGCCUUCGUUACAACAGGAAGCCCAUACAGUGCAACACUGUGGGGCCACUUACCCUAAGUGGAAAGAUCGUAUCUUGAAAAAGUAUCAAUCAAAGCUCCCAUAUGGUUGCACCUUGGAUGACCUUUCAAAGGAUUACACGAACAGGGAGAUAUUAAGCAUGCGGAAUAAUUUUACUCUUGUGCUUAGUAAAAAAAAGGCAUUUGUUUUAUUUUUUUAUCACGUGAUAUUCUUAGAGAGAAAGUACUAUGACAUGAUGAAGUACAUGGAGAAGUGGUUUUAUGGCAUAGCGAAGGACAAGAAUUUGGCAGAGGAGUACAAGUUAAAGUUAUGGGAAGAAUGCAAGAGGGAACUUCUGUUUGAAUUGGAGUGCAACGAACAGAAAUGUGAAAAUUCCUUCAGCAAAUUAGUUGGUGAAGGGGGAGCAAAUUUUGUGCUGGCCACACCAUUUAGAAAUCUAAUACUUAGUUCUAAGGAAACAGUGCGAAAAAGUGUUAUGGACAACAAGGACAAGUGGAAGCGUACUUUAACCAAGAAUGUCAAGAGCUACACAGCAUGA